CUGCCGAUGGAUCAUAAUUCAGAGGAACAGCAGCAGCAGCAGUAGUAGAGGAGCGCGCCUCUGUAGCCAGCGUGCGUGCGCACAUGCGUAAAAUGUAGUAGGUGGUCGGUGCGCAUGGCAUCUCGGUGCCUGCGCUCCGCGGCUCUCGGCGCUGCUCUGCCCUCCUCUGCCGCUGGGCUGCCACUGAUGAGGAGGAUGCCGAGCGGAGCGCGGCGCUCGUACACGUCCCUGCGCGAGGCUACGACAGCCGCAGUUUCCCAAGACUGAAGUCACGGAUGAAGCGGGCGAGGAGCGUGAAUUCUUCUUCUUCUUCUUCUUCUGAUGAUGAUGACGACGACGGCGAUGGUGGUGACGGACGGAUGGAUGAUGGUCUGAGCCGUUGCGCCUCGCUCGCACAAGCUGUACCCGCCGGCAGGACGACACACAGCGCGUGGAUUCGUCGGAGGUGAGAGUGCGGCUGUGAAUCACGGAGGGAAAAUAUCCUCCUUAUUCACCCCUGGACCACUUACAUCCCCCCCACCCCCCAUCUGAUGCUGCUGCUGCUGCCGCCGCCGCCGCUGCUGCCUCCUCUGCCAAUGAUGAUGAUGAUGAUGAUGCUCUAAACGCAACCUGCGUGAUAUUCCUCCGGUAAAAGGCCAAUUCCCCCGCCUUGCCUCCCGUUAUUCGGCUGUCGAGACGCGCGUGAGGAUUGAAGAGACACAGGACCGACGCUUAGGGCUUUUCUACGUUUGACAUUCAGCCGUCGACAGGAUGAUCGAGGAAGGCAGUAAACGAGGCAAGGCCAUGGUGGAGAAGAGGCAGCUCUUCAUGGAAAUGAGAGCACAAAACUUUGACGUCAUCAGACUGUCGACUUACAGGACUGCCUGCAAACUCCGCUUUGUGCAGAAGAGAUGCAACCUUCAUCUGGUGGACGUCUGGAACAUGAUCGAAGCCUUCCGUGACAACGGGCUCAACACGCUGGACCACAACGCAGAAAUCAAUGUGUCGCGGCUGGAGACCAUCCUGUCUUCCAUCUACUACCAGCUCAACAAGCGGUUGCCCACCACCCACCAGAUCAAUGUGGAGCAGUCCAUCGGGCUGCUGCUCAACUUCAUGGUGGCCACCUAUGACAGCGAAAGCCAUGGGAAGUUGACCGUCUUCUCAAUGAAAGCAAUGCUGGCGACAAUGUGUGGAGGGAAAAUUGUGGACAAACUACGCUAUAUUUUCUCACAGAUCUCUGACUCGAGUGGAGUCAUGGUGUUUGCCAAGUUUGACCAGUUUCUCCGCGAGGUGCUGAAACUGCCCACGGCUGUGUUCGAGGGCCCCUCCUUCGGCUACACGGAGCAUUCGGUGCGGACGUGCUUCCCUCAGCAGAAGAAGAUCAUGCUGAACACAUUUUUGGAUGUGUUGAUGGCAGAUCCUCCUCCCCAGUGUCUCGUCUGGUUACCGCUCAUGCACCGACUUGCAAAUGUUGAAAAUGUCUUCCAUCCGGUGGAAUGUUCAUAUUGCCGGAGCGAGAGCAUGAUGGGUUUCCGCUAUCGGUGCCAACAGUGCCAUGGCUACCAGCUUUGUCAGAGCUGCUUCUGGCGCGGCCAUGCCAAUGGUCCCCAUAGCAACCAGCACCAGAUGAAGGAGCACUCGUCGUGGAAGUCUCCAGCCAAAAAGCUGAGCCACGCGAUCAGUAAAUCUCUGGGCUGCGUCCCCAUCGGAGAGCCGCCACAUCCUGUGUUCCCCGAGCAGGCGGAGAGGCCGCAGGAACUCACCCACACUGUUCAGCCGAAACCAGUGGCCAACAACAUGAACGACACAAUUCUCAUGUCCUCAGGGGCACCUACUCCUACCAAAAGUGUCUUGGAGAGUCCCAGCCGGCUGGAUGAAGAGCACCGCCUCAUCGCUCGCUACGCUGCCCGCCUGGCAGCCGAGGCGGGCAACUCCACACAACAAUGUCCUCCAACAGAUCUGACUUUCAACUUUGAUGCCAACAAGCAGCAGAGACAGCUGAUUGCAGAGCUGGAGAACAAAAACAGGGAGAUCCUCCAGGAGAUCCAGAGGCUGCGUUUGGAGCACGAACAGGCCUCUCAGCCGACCCCGGAAAAGGCCCAGCAGAACCCCACACUUCUGACUGAACUGCGGCUCCUCAGACACAGGAAGGAUGAGCUGGAGAGGCGCAUGUCCGCCCUGCAGGAGAGCAGGCGGGAGCUGAUGGUGCAGCUGGAGGGGCUCAUGAGGCUGCUGAAGGAUGAGGAGCAGAAGCAGGCUUCCCAGUCUGGCGGCUCUCCGCACUCUUCCCCCAGUCACGGUGCAGGCUGCUCCAUGCCCAUGCCCAUACGCUCCACCUCGGCGGGGUCCACCCCAACCCACACACCACAGGACUGCCUGGCGGGGGUGGGAGGGGACGUGCUCGAGGCCUUUGCUCAGGGUGUGCCUAGAAAUCUUCGGAAUGAUUUAUUAGUUGCUGCUGAUUCAAUCACAAACACCAUGUCAUCUCUGGUGAAAGAGCUUCACUCAGUGGAUGACGGGGCAGAGGAAGAGGAGACCAACAUGAGGAACGGUGGGGACAGAGGUGAGUCCAGCUGGAGCAGAAUGAAGAACAAAAAGCACACUGAGAGUACAGAAGCACUGAGGGAAAGAGAACGCCAUCCAUUCCUGUAAGGACAAAACGAUCGUUAACUUCCGAAGAAUCCGCAACGACGACAACAUCAACAACAACAACAACAACAACCCUGGCAUUAGCACGUAGAGUAAUGCAUGCUGUAAUCUAACAGGAUUUCACUAUGUGAAAAAAAAAAAAAGGUUUCUUUCUCGUCUAAUUAGCGAGCGUGUGUGCGUGUGCGUGUGUGUGUGUGUGUGUGUGUGUGUGUGUGUGUGUGUGUGUGUGUGUGUGUGUGUGUGUGUUGUCCUGUAAACAAAAACCUGCUGUGCUCUGCCGACGAUUCCCCUCAUGACUGCUAAGGGAAUGGCUUUCUGUGCUUUCUCAAACCCCCAACUGUUCCAUCGCAGCAGGUCAUUCUGUAUAUAAAAUACUGCAAAACACGUGACCUUGGGGGAACAGCCCGACAUGGAGAUGACCUGUCUUUCACAGCACGUUUCCCUGUCAUCGCUUUUGUAUGAUAAGUGCUAGUAGUUCUUUAUUUUCUUUUUUUUUUAUAUUAUUUUUUGCAUGAAGUUGCACUCACGUCUCGAUCUAAAGCUACUGUACCGUGCUAUGUCAGCUCUUUGUGGGGUUUAUGAUGACAGCUCGCGUGUCAGAAGUUGACCUUGACUCAGAAUUCACGCUGAGUCGUGUUUGCCGCACGUCCACGUUCUGAAGUUGAUGCUCGAGGACACGCUGCAGUCUCAAUUACGGGAAUAGUUUUCAACAUUUUUGGGGAAAUAUAUUAUUAGCUUUAUUCGCUCCUUUCCGUCUGUUAAAUAUUUAGCCGGCGCCAGGACACAGUUGGCCUAAGUUCAGACUGGGAAUUGAAAAACCGGCCUGGCUCUAUCAGAGGGUGAGAGAAAGAGAGACGUCCCAGAGUCUCUGAGCUCAACCUGCGAAAACUCCAAGAAAGUUACUGCGUCCAAACAAGAAAUCGUCUGACACAUAAUCCCCUAAAUAUUUGUACAACUUUUUUUUUUUCAUUUUAAAGGACCAUGCAUAUGUACGACAUGCAAUACCUGUUACCUUUUCGAUGUCUUGUUUCGGAUUAAGUUAAAAACCAGGAUUAAUCUGUACAGGUUAUUCUGUUUUGGUCUGUUGGACAAAAUAAGUAAAAACAAGAGCUUUGAAGACGUCGCCUUGGGCUGAGGCAAAAUGUAAUCAGCAGUUUUUGUUUUUUACCAUUUUAUGAAAUUCUUUAGCUCAAAAAACCUAAAAUCGUUAAUCAGUUAAAAACGUUUGCUCAGCACAAAGGCUGGAAACCAUGGAAAGGGCUAACCUGCUUCCACUCAAAGGCAAUAAAAUCGACCUACCAGCACCGCUGAAGCUCAAUAAUUAACGUGUUUAUUAUAUUUCAUCCGUACAAAAAGGGGACGAGUAGAGAUAGCAAGUUGUGGUACGGAGGGUUAUGAUUGUUCCUUGGCCUGGCAAUAUGCCUCUCGCUGUCCCUUUGCAGUUGCUGGCCAGGCAACAUAACUCCCAGAAAAACCCACAACUUGACGUUUUUACACUUCAUUUUAAUGGAGAGAUAAAGAUGUCUCUGCCGAGCUAAGCUAAACUCUCUGGCUGGUGGCUGGCAUUGUCUCCGUAUUGACCUUACGGACGUGAGCGUGAUAUCGAUCGUCUCAUCUGACUCUCAGAAAGAAGGCAUAUAUUUCCCCAAAUGUCGAGCCGCUCCUUUUAAUAACUCAGAAAAAGGAAUGAACCCAUUACAAGAUAAUGAAAAGAAUUGGCGGGUUGCGGCCAUCACUAGGAUACCAAGGACACGUGCGGUAUCAUUCUGUAUUCAUUCUUGUGUCCAGCAGAAUGAAGAUGCAAAAAUCAAAAAACAGCUGAUCCUUAUUCUGAAUCUCACACUGUACUGCUGCUACUGUGCUCUCGGCGGGACGCCCCUUGCAAAUGAGAGGGGCGGUGCAAUGAAAACUCGAGAGAAUCGCCCGAAGGGCACCGUGACAGUCAACGCGGCACGGCGGCCUCCUUUCCAAAAACACACCGACUAGCCGGUCGCCUCAGUAUUUAUUGUUUGGAGCGUAGGGCAGCGCCUCAGGAUGUUUGACGGUGUCGAACUAAGCGUUGGGUUUUUGAAGUUGUGAGCUGCAAAAUAAACACUUACAAGGGUACGUGAGGAUGUAAGGCAGUCGUAAGCAAGUAGGAAACGCUUUGAUAGCUUUAUUUAGUCGACAAAAGGAGUAUUGAAAAAUGACGGUACUGUCGGUGCUCAGGGACACGCAAGAGCCCCCUGCGGGUAAAAAGUGGUGGCAAUGUCCUUUAAUUAUGAGAAAUGGUUGCCACGGGCGGAAAGGUUCAAGGCAGAUUUAAUGAGACCUCCCGAAGUGGUUCAUUUACUUGAAUUUCACUAAAUUUGUCUCAAUUUGGAACGAAACACUCAAGUAUAGUCAGAGGGAAAAACAAAAAGGCAAGUGAUUAAAUGCCGGGUAAAGUAUGUGGAGUAUGAGAAGGGGGAGAAGGUUUUUCUAGAAGUGCUAUUUCGACGAAGCAUGCUGUUGGGUAUAAUUUUGUCCGUGUGUGUGUGUGUGUGUGUGUGUGUGUGUGUGUGUGUGAACUUGUGUCUUUCACUGUAAAGCGAGGCGAUCCUGCCGUCAGCGAGGUAGCUGUCAACCACACGGGUUUUAUUAUGAGUCAGACGGAGAGCAGGGGUGAGUGAUACCUUUACAUUUUUGUCUUCUGGUUCAAUGUCUUCUGUCCGUCAGUGUAGCCGUUCAUCUCACAAAGAGCUGCGGUGCGUCUGGUUUUUAGGUGUGGGAGCAGUUCCUCGUGUAAAAUCUGACUGAGCGAAAACCACAGAAAGAGAAAGUGUGAUGUUUUUGUUUUUGUUUUCCUGUUUAGAGAUUUGUACAGUAUAAGCCUAUCCUCUAAAGCUCUAAGGUUCUCAGCAGCCUGUUGCACUGUGUCAAGAAAAAGAACAAAAAAAAAAAAAAGAGAAAAGGGCUCCCCUCCGUUAUCGUCGUUUCUGAAUGUGAUAUUUUCAUCCGGUCCUCUGUUCUCUGCUCUGUGUCGCCCUCGUCGCUCUUCUUCUGGUUUGCAGUAUUCGUGGAGUAUAGUCAUUGUAACGGGUUUGUCGAAAACGCAGAUUCAUGUGCGCACUCGCUCGCCUAGCGGCUCCAAUUUUUGACUCAUACAAAGCAGGUGUAGAAAGUUUAAAAAAAAAAAAAAUGAAAUACCAGAGUUUAGAAUUCUGUGACCACUGCUGUUGAGACGUUUAUUAUAUUCAGCAGAAAAAGGCCCAGAAGUUAUUAAAAUGCACAGGUUAGAAUUUAAGGAGUUACUGUCUUCCCCUUCCGUCUGGCCACACAUUUGAAUGCAAACCGUAGCUUUCUUUUUUUGUUCUUUCAGUUUGUGCCUGUAGCUGUUCUGUAAAAUGCUGUAAAAAAAAAGGGGGGGGGGGGGUAGUAACCAUUCAGCAGAUAUUUUUGAUCUAUCAGCCUUUAUGUCAGCGUUUUAGUCCGUGACCAGAGGUUUUCAUAAUUCAUUUAUUUAAUGUGCUCACGCGGGAAAAAUUGCGCUCAGCCUUUCCAUUUGUGCCAAAACUGUUUGCAGACAUUGUAUGUCACACAGAAAUAACAGGUGUACACGGGGGUAUAUCUGCGUUUAGUACGCCGCUGUUGUUGCUCAUAGUUCAUUCACAGAAUGCCUGGAGAUGCUCACGUUCAACGGCUCCCACCGCUGGAACCUGCUGGAGACGCUCACAUUUAACAGUCAAAAACCCAAAUAGAGAACACAUUCCAGAUCCUAUCGAUAGACGGUCACUGAUGUCAUUUCAACCAAGGCAGGGGCAACACUGUUUACCCCUGUCAGACCAAAAGCGGGGGUGAUGCAACUAACAGCCGGUCACACGGAGAUACAAACAUCGUGAUCCUUUUAUUGUUUGCAGAGAGACAAUGUGCAAAAGAGGACGACCUCGGCGACAACGCUCCCCUGAUGUUAUUUAUCUGUGUGUGUGUGUGUGCGUGUGUGUGUGUGUGUGUGUUCUGUACGGUUAUGCUUCUGGCACAUUAUUUGUUUCUCAUGUUGAGUUUACAAAACACAGUUUUAUGUCACAAAGCAACUGGUUUCUUUUCUUUUUUUCGUUGUUGUUGUAAAUAAAUCAAAUGUGAGAUAUAUUAAAAAAGAUUUAAAAUA